UUGUCUUACUCUGAAUGCUUCGCCCUCUACCUGUGUAUCGUCGCAGGGCCAUACGAACAUGUAUAAAGAGGCUGCAAAAAGAGGCCUCCAUUCUCCAGACAAACACUCCACCCUCGUCUACCCACUUCUGUCCACUCAUUCUCGUUUAACACGUUCACCAUCAUGCGUUUCUCACUCGCCACGCUCGUCCCUCUUGCUACUCUCAUCGUCCCCGGCCUCUCUGCCACUUUCAACGCCCGCCAGCCAGAAGCGGGGAAUGCCACCAUCCAAGGGAGGGACUACUACGGUUCCUACGCUCCCUGGAAGCCGUCUUGGACCUGGCCAGGAACGGACAAGCACUGUCCAAAAGACGUUCCGGAGUACUGUCCUUGCUUAGGCGACCCUGUGUGCGGAUUCAAGUGCCCCUCCCAAUGGCCUUACAACAAGUGUACCUGGGAGCCUGUGUUCGUCGACAGGUAUGACUGGAAGGGAUGGAAGCCUGGCAAGCGCGACCCAUUCUCCUGUGGGUACGUCGACAAGGUAACCUAUGAGAUUGACUGCAAGGACCUUUGCUUGGCCCAUGACAAGUGCAACUCUUGCCAGGUCUAUACCCUCGAGGAAGCUGCGGAACAGUUCAUCUGCGCUCUCUUCGAGGAGAUCGUUGAUAUCACGACCUGGGAAGACGACUGUGAGGAUGACUGGGUCGACGAUUGGGUGUACUAUAGUUCUUCGUACUGGAACGUCUAUUACUAGGUAGUGGAUGUUUAUGACUGGACAUGUACGAUCAUUGGAUUUUUU